CGGCGAACCAUCCGCUCCAAUGCCCACCAUGACAAGAACAUUGAUCUUUCCCACCCUACUAGUCUCCAUCCUAAUAUGACUCUCUACGGGCCAAAAGUUCUCGCUGUUUAACGCUCCUUGGCCCGCGAUGCUAGCGCAAAACGCCAUCGGUCGGCUCCUAAGAAGCGCCAGCCCGGCAAAUCUAUGGAACCAACACUGUGGGAUGCAGAGGGAUUCGUCGUGGCCCCCAAUCAUGGUAUCUUCGGAUGAUUUAAUUUCUAAGUCGGCAGGAGACUGAAUGAGCGCUAAUCUAAUCGCAGAAUACAGGAUGAAUUGACUGUCUCCGCUCUGCUAUCAUCCUCUCCCCUUCAUUGCCACAGGACUGCAGACGAAAGCAAUUAGGAUGCCUAUUCGGCCAGCGAAAUGGACAGACCUAUCUACGAUAGCUACCCUAUGUGCGACGGCCUUCUACGAUGACGAACUCUUUGGGACUCUGAUGCACCCUCUCCGCGAUCAGUUCUUCUCUGACUAUAAAGCUUCCUUCACACGACGCAUUCGAGAAAACUGGUGGGACUGGAGCCAUGUUUGGUGGGUCGCGACUGUCCUGGAAGCAGACCACGAGGUUGUGGCUGGAGUUGCGGAGUGGGAGUUCAAAGGGACCAUGGCCGACACCGUCUGCUUGAAGCAGUGGGAUCCAAGAAGAGCAAUCAUGCCAACUGUGAAAGCCAUGCACUGCUUGCACACAACAAUCCGACCAAACCGUGCAGCCAAUCCCGAUCCCAUCCUCCGCAAUCCUUUUCCCUCCGCACACCCUUUCUUUGAACAUCAUUGGAAAGGAACAAGAGCAAAUUCGGUCUACCUCGAGCUGCUUGCCGUAGAUCCUAAAUAUCAGGGGCGGGGUUUGGCAAAGGAGCUAGUACAAUGGGGAUUGGAUACUGCAAGGGAGAAUCACGUUUGCGCGAGCGUUAUUUCGAGUAUUUCUGGGCAUAACCUCUAUCUUCGGAUGGGAUUCACAGAGGAAGUUGGGCGUUGCACAGAAGGUGAAGGCAACCCGUUGAAGGAUUUGGGGAGCGGCUGGAUACUGUUUGCGAAUACUUCGGAGGAGCAACGUUCGGUCAUGGGCAACGAGGCCAAAAAUAUAGAAUUGGGAGUCUCCGUGGAAUCUUUCCGUUCUGAUCCGUCACAAAAACCGGGACAGAGAUUCCGAGUCCGUCGCAGGCAAUCAUGAUUGUCGCAGAAUCUGGUUGCACAAAUUCCACCCAACUCUUUAUCAA